CUGAUAACCAGCCAUGUUAUGAGUAUACCGCUUUGGAGUGCCAGAUGCUUCCAUUGAUGAGUAGAAAGCUUGAAUAUCAGCCAUCAUCUCCUUGGGAGAAGGAAGUGAAAGCCGACCACACAGAGUACCAGCUAUCCACUUGCUCUGAAAUUCAAACAAGGGGAAAGACCACACUUUUGGAUUACAUCAGGAAAAGCAAGGUGGCAGCAUCUGAAGCAGGUGGAAUUACUCAAGGCAUGGGGGCACACAAGAUACAAGUACCUUUUGAUGGCAAGCCACAGACUUGUGUUUUCCUUGACACCCCUGGACAUGAGGCAUUUGGAGCAAUGAGAGCUCGUGGAGCCAGAGUAACAGACAUUGCUGUUAUUGUAGUUGCUACUGAUGAUGGAAUUCGACCUCAAACAGAAGAGGCCAUUGCUUAUGCCAAAGCAGCUGGAGUGCGAAUUGUUAUUGCUAUAAACAAAGUGCGCUGGCAUUUAUUCUGAGAUUUUCCACUGUGU